GUGCAGAGUGAGUGGAGGAAGACGGGCAGCCUGGAGGCAACUUUUCAACUGGAACGGCAGAAAAAGAGCUCUCCGUGCUGUUCGACAUGCCUCAAAUAACGAGCGAAGGGGCCGACCAAGAUUCUCUGCCGACAUCGGAUCAAAACGGCACCGGUGAAACAGCAGAAACCGGCAAGGAGGUACAGGCCGUGCCGGACCCCAAACAGGAACCGGGCGACAACAACGAGAACAGAGCAGGAAUGGACGCGAACAGUGGUCGUGGUACGGCGGUGGAGCGCGGAGACAACCCGUCUCCCGGUCCCGACGCCGACAUAGAAACAGCGUUGCCGACCGAAAAAAUAGACAACGAUAAGGGGGAACCCGGCCGCAAACUCUCUGAACCGGAGAAAAGUCCCGUUCAGGGGAGUCUGGCGAGUAGCAUUGAUUCCGCGCAAGAGGGCUCCCGGGUGCUGAAACAAGAACAAAGAGAGGGGGAGAACGUGUCCUCCUCACUGCACAAAGACCGCACAAAGACCGCGGUGAAAGCCGAGCACGGCACCAAGAGACGGGCCAGCGUGGAAGUGACCUCGUCGGACGGAGAGCCGCUCAGCCGGAUGGAUUCAGAAGACAGUAUUGGCAGCACCCUGAUGGACAUGGAGAGCACGGCGUCCAGCGGUCGCUCCACCCCGGCCAUGCUCAACGGUCACGGUGGCGGUGUGGCGGCGGGGAGCGGCUCGGCGCCAGCAGGGGGCAAGUCUCUGAGCUACACGUGCUGCUGGGAUCACUGCCAGCUCCUGUUUCUCAGCAGCCCCGACCUGGCUGAACACAUCAGAGCCACACAUGUGGACGGACAGAGAGGAGGGGUGUUUGUGUGUCUGUGGAAGGGCUGCAAGGUGUACAACACACCGUCCACCAGUCAGAGCUGGCUACAGAGACACAUGCUGACCCACAGCGGUGACAAGCCAUUCAAGUGUGUGGUGGGAGGCUGCAACGCCACGUUCGCCUCUCAGGGGGGGCUGGCCCGCCACGUGCCCACUCACUUCAGCUCACAGAGUUCAUCCAAAAUGUCCAAUCAGGGCAAAGUGAAGGAGGAGUCUCCGUCUAAGGCCGGCCUCAACAAGAGAAGGAAACUGAAGAACAAACACAGACGCUCCCUCCCCCGACCUCAUGACUUCUUUGAUGCUCAGACCAUGGACGCAAUCCGCCAUCGAGCCAUCUGCCUCAACCUGGCAACACAUAUCGAGAGCCUGGGAAACGGACACAGUGUUGUCUUCCACAGCACGGUAAUAGCCAGGAGGAAAGAGGACUCUGGGAAAGUGAAGGUUUUGUUGCACUGGACACCUGAAGACAUACUGCCAGAUGUGUGGGUGAAUGAGAGUGACAGGCUGCAGCAGAAGACCAAGGUGGUUCAUCUGUCCAAGCUGCCCACAGACACGGCUGUACUCCUGGACCCCAACAUCUACAGGAUGUUCUUCUGAACUCCUCCAGAGACACUCCACCGUCACUUCCUGCUUAUCCAAUCCUGAGGAGGAGAUUGUCUCCUUUCCCCCUCAUCUCCUCACCUCUCCUCCUCCCCUCCCUCCCAGAGGAUGCUGGAUUUCUGACUUAUUUGUCAGGACUGUCUGAGGCCUCAAUUGUCUUCUCCAUUAGGUGCUGAGUUUACUGAGAUGUUGCUUGUUUUAGGUAACAUAACUAGACUGAAACUGACAGAAGUGUAACUGUAGACAGACACAUGUAGAGAGAAACUGUCUUUGUACAUACUUGAGAUUUGUAAUAUAUUUUUAUACUUUGAAUUUUUUACUGUAGAAAGAUGUUUUUCUGCUGAACAUUUUAAAUAGAUGUUUUAAAAAACUGAUAAUAUUGGUCAUGUGCAUAUAGCUGGCAUUGCUCUGGUUUGAUCUCAUUAAACUUUUCCAACCGCCA